AUGGGGUACACGUACACGCCGACGUACUACUCGGGCCUGCAGGACACCAUCGCAUCCGUGUGCAAGUCCAUCUUCACCAGGCCCGGCCGCCGCCUCACCGCCGACCAGGCCGCGGCACGCCGCCACGCCGACGCGCUCAAGUGGCAGCAGGACUCCUUCCACCGCAUCCUCCACCUCUCCGCCCUCCACCGCGAGGGCAUCGUCCCGGCCGCCGACGUCCAAGCCUUCCGCGCCUCCGUCCUCGCCACCCUCGCCGCCACGCCAUCCCCGCAGAACCCGGACCACCCGCCCAUCCUCCGCGACAAGCUCCUCUUCCUCCAGGAGCUGCUGCGCGCCAAGUGCAUCUCUCCGGCCGAGUUCAACGCUGCCAAGAGGCCCCUCGCGCAGCGCCUCGCCGCGCUCGGGGUCGCCGUCGACUGCCCCGACGCGGACGCCGCGCAAGGCCGCUCGUCCGCGGAGGAGUGGGCGGAGAUCGACCUCCGCGACCCGCCGGCGCCGCCCGCUGGUUCCGACAGCAAGCAGCCCAAGCACAAGGCCUUCGUCUCGCCGUGGAAGAGCCGGGGAGGCGGCAAGAAGGACCAGGACCCGUCGUCGCGGCCGCCCCUGGCGCCGGUGGACCAGAACCACCACGCGUCGGUCCUCAUGGCCGAGAUCUCGCCGGCGGAGGCCUCCGGGAAGCCCGAGAAGGGGAAGAGGAGGCACCUGACGGCUAUGUUCGGCGGCGAGAACAAGGAGCCCGCCGCGGACGGCGCCGAGGAGGAGAAGGGGAGCGUGAAGGGCAAGAAGAAGAGUUCUUGGGGGUUCGAUGGGCUCAAGAAGUGGAAGAAGGCAGGCGGCGGCGGCUGCGUCAAUGAGGAUGCCGUCGCCGCCGGCGAGUGCGCCCCGCCGCGGUCUUCGUACAGCGAGUGCCGGCUUGAGGCGAGCCCCGCCCCGGAUGCCAAGAGGGCCAAGAAGAAGAAGCUUCAGGCCGGCGAUGUCUCUGCUUCCGAUUUGGCCAAUGACAAGGUUUUGGCGGAGGAAACAAAGAAGGAGCUCUCAAGGAUUCAGGCCGAGCUAUCAUCCACCAAUCGGAACAUUAACUUCUCGGAUCAGCAGAUUGAGACCAUCUCAACAAAGCUCCCAAUGGACAAGUCCGACCUCGACACAUUCUUCCCAAAGGCAUGGUGCGAGCAGCACGGGGAUGGUGUGAUCGACGCCGCGAAGAAGGAAUUCAAGGGGCACGUUGAGGAGAUUGAGAAGCAAAGGGAGGUAGACAGCUUCAACCCCAGGGCCUUCUCCGCUUUCGAGGAGGACAGCUUCAACCCCAGGGCCUUCUCCCAGCCCCAGUCAGCUGCCAAGGGGAAGAAGGUUCAGGAGAGCCUUGAGAGCACCGAACAUUUCACCAACCCUUUCUAUGACGAGAAGAACCCAUUCUUGAACCAAAGUUACAACAACUGA